ACGGCUCGCUGACUCGCCCGGCUUCCCCUGCGCCCACGGCUCUCCUUCCCACCUCUUCUUCCUCCUCUCGCCUCCUCCACACCCCUUUAAAAGCUCCGUCCAAGCUUUCACCCCACUCCACACCACAAUUCACACGACCCUCUCCUUCCUUCCUUCCCUUGGUUCCCGUCCAAUCCCCCUGCUUUCUUUAUCCCUCCCGUUGCUGAUCAAGAACUUGCUUUCUUGCUCUGUUCGAUCGUCCUGGGCUUGGUUCUUGCCGCGUGAGAGCUCAAGCAGCGUGUCCUUUUCGCUUCCGCUUGAUCCGGCCUUGCCCAUCCACUUCAAUCCAAUCGAAACUCCUUUCUUGAUCCCAAAGGGACGAGAAAGAUCCAGGAGAAACGACGACGGCAUAAAAAUCCGGAGACAACGGCCAUGGCCAUGCGGCCAGUUGGUGCUCUGUUGUUUUCCAUGAGCACCGCCGUACCAUCCGCUUAAGGGACCAAUCAUCAUCUUCAUCUGUUCUUGGUAGCACCUGAACAACUCGGGCCUCGACCAAUCAAUCGCCGUCAGAACAAGAUAAAGAGCUGGUAGCAGAAGCUCUUUGCACCAGAGGAGAGAAUGCGGCAGAUCUCAUCGCUGCUGCAGGGCCUGGCCCGGUCGCUGUCGGUGGGGAGGGAGAGGAGAGGGGACGGCGGCGGCGGCGAAGGCAAGGCCGCCGCGCCGGCGGUGCUGAGGUCGUCCGGCACGGUGUGGGGCGAGGGCUCGGAGACGUUCGCCGCCGUCUGCUCGCGACGCGGCGAGAAGGGCACCAACCAGGACUGCUCCAUCGUCUGGGAGGGAUUCGGGUGCCAGGAGGACACCAUCUUCUGCGGUAUCUUCGACGGGCACGGCCCGUGGGGCCACUACGUGGCCAAGGCCGUGCGCGACUCGCUGCCGCCGUCGCUGCUGUGCCACUGGCAGGAGGCCCUCACGCUGGCGUCGCUCAUCGACGGCGAGAAGAGGCUCAGCGACUGCCGGUUCGACCUCUGGAAGCAGUCCUACGUGGCCGCCUGCGCCGCUGUCGACGACGAGCUCCGCCGCAGCCGCCGCCUCGACGCUGUCUACAGCGGCUGCACCGCGCUGUCCGUCGUCAAGCAGGGGGACCUCAUGGUCAUCGCCAACGUCGGCGACUCCCGGGCUGUCCUGGCAACCACGUCCGACGACGGCACCGUCGCCGCCGUCCAGCUCACCGUCGACUUCAAGCCCAACCUGCCUCAGGAGAAGGAGCGUAUCCGGCGGUGCAACGGCCAGGUGUACUGCCUCGCCGACGAGCCUGGCGUGUACCGUGUCUGGAAGCCCACCCAGGACUCGCCGGGGCUCGCCAUGUCGCGCGCCUUCGGCGACUACUCCGUCAAGGACUACGGCGUCAUCUCGGCGCCGGAGGUGACGCAGAGGAGGAUCAGCAGCAGGGACCAGUUCGCCAUCCUCGCCACCGACGGGGUGUGGGACGUGCUCUCGAACGAGGAGGCCGUGCAGAUCGUGGCGGGGACGCCGGAGAGGGGGAAGGCGGCGAAGCGGCUGGUUGAGUGCGCCGUCCGCGCGUGGAGGCGCAAGCGGCGGGGCAUCGCCGUCGACGACUGCUCGGCGAUCUGCCUCUUCUUCCACUCGCCACCGUCGUAGCAGGCGUGCGCGACACGUAGACGUGCCUGAUCAAUCGACGUCAACAAAAUGCACAUCUCAAGACUACGAGCAUCGUGCCCGUCGCGUUCGUGGUAGGGAGUGCAGUUGUCGCCGUCAACGAUUCAGAACGUGCAGCUCGUCGCAUGAUCGCGACGCUGCACGGUUCAGACUUGCAGCUGGUGGAUGACCGAACCAAAAAAAAAAAUCUCCGGCUUUCACACCGGAUUGUCAAGAUGUACGAGAACGAACAUCAGCCACCAGAAAAGUGGGGAAAAAGAUGCAUUUUGUCCUCAUUUUCAGUGUAUGGCUCUGAAUUCCUGUUAUGAAGGCAAAUAGUCGCGAUUAUAGAUGCACAUCAAUCA